AUGGACUGUUCUGAGUCAAGGCUUAGAAGCCUUGUUUCUGAUAAAGAGGUGGAAUUUGACGCCGACAUCGCUGGGCCAGGAGUACUAGCCGCUUUCCUCAUCACAUCGUUGAUAGCAAUAGCUACUCUAGUUCUCGCUUUCCUUACGCUUUCAGUACCUGAGUGUCUUCUCAACUCUGGAGACGCCGUAAUCGCGGCUGGGGCGCGUCGGACUUACCGCCGACUGAGGGCCAAGUUCCCCAAGACCAAACGCACAAAGGUUGUCGAAAGCAGAACCGAGCGAACUCAUGCCUUCAUGUCUUUCAUUAUUGCUAUAAGUAAUCAAAUACUUGUCUCUCAGGCCUCGAUCCUUAUUGCAGCCCUUAUUAUUCACGCCGACAUCACUAUAUUGUGA